AUGGGUGUGAUGGCCGUCCGUCUAUUUAUCACGAUUCUCCUCCUUUUCCAUCAAAUUUCUGCGUCGAUUCAACAAAGCGAUCAAGAGGAUCCAUCCACGAAUAAAACCCAACAAGAACUCGUCGAGGCUCGAGGAAAAAUCUGCGAUCUCGAGACGGAGAUCGCAAGAGAGCGGAACGAAACGAAGGACAAAGACGUCGAGAUGAGCCUUUUAACAGCAAAAAUGGCCCAAAUCGAGGCGAAUUUAACGGGGAAAAUCGCCGAGACGAAAAGGAAGAACGAUGAUCUCGAAGCACAAUUAAGAACUCAAAUUACGGAAGUGAGAGACGGAAAAGUCAAAAUUGGAGAGCUAGAAGGAAAAAUCAACGCGCUGCAGAGCGAAAACUCUGACCUCGAAACCCAAAUAAAAUUUGAAAGGGAAAACAAGACGGCCGAAAUGGUGAAGUUGCAGGCAGAUUUAAAUCGAACCAUGAAUCUCUUGGAUCUGUAUCGGGAUGGAUGGUUGUAUUUGGCAAAAACCGCUUCUUGGUACAAGGUGUUUGGUGAAUGGAAAACAUUUGAUAAUGCCGAGGCAGAUUGUGCGAGUCGAAAGGGACAUUUGGUCACAAUUCACAGUCAGGAAGAGAACGAUUUUGUUCAGAAACUCGCGAGAACUGUUCAUUUGAUUACUUUGUUCUGGAUCGGACUGAAGAGAAAUCCGAACCAAGAAAAUGCUUUUGAAUCGACGGAUGGAAGUUCGGUGGAUUUCACGAAUUGGUUUCCGGGAGAACCGGAUUCGGACACCCACGCUGUGCUUGGGAGCAGCCAUGGGAAAUGGGGGGCCUCUUCUUCUAUCCAUCCGCAUCCUUUUAUCUGCAAAAGGAGCUUCCGGUUC